AUGCGGUCCCGCAAGGAGAAGCCCAUCUUCCGCGGCCUGACCAUCGCGGCGGCCGGCGACCUCGGCGGCAGCGCCCAGUGGACCGACGCCAACGCGGCGCGGUGGGUGGGCCUGCGCGAGGGCCGGUUCGUGCGGGAGAUGAGCGACGAGGUGACGCACGUCGUGUGCUCGGGCGAGGAGUUUCGGAAGGGGAGGGGAUUGGUAAAGAUGGCACUCAAACGCCCCAAGACCUGCCAGAUCGUCACGCUGGACUGGCUCGAAGACUCGAUGCUCAGGGGGAAGAGGUUGGACGAGGAGCCGUACUCGCAUCUGAGGGCGCUAAGGAGGGAGAGGGAGAGGGAGCGGAAGCGGUUGAUGGUCAUCAAGGGGCUGGAGAAGGCCGUCAAGGAGGUCAAUCCGCAGCUCUAUCAUCUCUACCGGGACCAUACGUUUUUUCAGUACCAGGUAGUGAUAACGAGAGAUAACGAGGAGGCUGGAAUCCAGGGGGAGCGAUAUAUUCUUUCGAUCUUCGAAUCCAACAACUCCAAACCCCGCAUGUACUGGUUCGUGGCCAAGUAUUACAAGAAAAAGGGCGACGCGCAGCCCAAGAUUCACCGGCCGAGCCAUGCUCCGGGAGUCUUCUCUCGCGAGUUUGCCCUCUUCGAGUCCUUCUUUCGGAUCAAGACAGGAAUUCCCUGGGCACAGCGUCUCGUCAAAGCGGGCACUACCGACAAGAGCUUUUUCCAGUACCAGCCGCCGACAGGUGGGAAGCCGGUCGGUUAG